AUGUCGACUGGUGGGUACCACAUUGGCCAUGUGCUGGCUCCCUGCCUCGCCUGACCCCCACACCUGACCUCGGACGCUGGCACCAUGGUUGUAGCCAGGUGUAGCGCCGAGACCAAGCUGCCUCGGGGUAAAAAAAGCAAGAAGACCAAGAAGAUACACCUUUCACUGGGUGAGUUCCUUGGGGCGUCUACUCCUAGCGGAGGAUCUGCUGUAGUGGUCAACAAGAGCAGCUGGGCUGAGGAAAGUGAGGAUUAUGAGGAGGAUCGUUUUGCCACACCCGAGCGGUUGGUACUACCAACAUGUCCACGUACGGCCCGUGAGCCAGACGUGGAUCCAGAACGCAUUCCAAGAGAUCCUCCUUUCACGGCAUACAUUGCCAAUCUUCCGUUCGAGGUUGAUGAUGACGAGAUUAUCCGAUUUUUUCAAGACCUUAAGGUCAAGUCCAUCCGCCUCCCUCGGGAAGGUGGUGAAACUGGUCGAUUCAAAGGCUUCGGCUAUGUGGAGUUUGAAACAAGAAAUGAAUUGAUUGAGGCUCUUUCUAAGAGUGAUGAUGUUAUGGGUAACCGUAAGAUACGUGUGGAUAUUGCCGAGGGAGAGGGAGGUAACCAGAGACGAGGCUUCUCGGAUCGCGGUGGUAGGGACGAGGAGCGACUAGAUCGCAGUGAAGGAAUUUCUGAUUGGAGAGCUGGUCCUAGAGAUGCACCACAGAGAGAUGGAAGAGAUGAUCGUAGCCCAGGUCGAGGAGGAUUUGACAGGGACCGUCGUGAUGAAGGCCGUGGAGGAUUUGGUGACCGUGACAGAGGGGGCUUUGGAGAUCGGGAUCGAGGUGGUGGUUUCGGGGACCGGGAUCGAGGUGGCGGUUUCGGUGACCGGGACCGGGAUCGAGGUGGCGGUUUCGGUGACCGGGACCGCGAUCGAGGUGGAGGUUUUGGUGAUCGGGAUCGCGAUCGAGGUGGCGGUUUCGGUGAUCGGGAUCGCGAUCGAGGUGGUGGUUUCGGUGAUCGGGACCGCGAUCGAGGUGGCGGUUUUGGUGACCGGGACCGCGAUCGAGGUGGUGGUUUCGGUGACCGGGACCGCGAUCGAGGCGGUGGUUUCGGAGAUCGGGACAGAGGUGGUGGUGGAGGUUUUGGUGAUAGAGACCGUGACCGUGGUGGAUUUGGAGACAGGGAGAGAGGGUUCAGGGACAGAUAUGGAGACAGAGGCUAUGACAGAGACAGAGGCUAUGACAGGGAUAGAGGCUAUGACAGAGACAGAGGAUAUGACAGGGAUAGAGGUGGACGGUUUGGGGGUGGAGGAGGUCGUUAUGAUGAGGACCGCCGAGGUGGGGGUGGCGGCGGUUUCCGAGAAGAUAAUCCUUGGAGACGCGAUCGUGAAGCGCCCUCUACAAGGGCAUCGUCCAGUGGGGAAAAUUCUCUUCCUAAGGAACGUCCUAAAUUGAAUUUAAUACCAAGAGGUGGUGCUGGAGGCGAAGAGAAAAAAGAACCUAGUAACAAUAGUAGCGAUGGUGGCGUAAGUGCCGACAGUGAUGGUGGUGUAAAUACUGGUGGUGACGGAGGUGUAAAUACUGGUGGUGACCGUAUCCCAAGUGGUGGCCGUGGUGGUGACGGCGUCCCAAGUGGUGGUGGCGACGACAACCCAAGUGUUGGCCGUGGUGGCGAUGGCGCCCUAAGUGAUGGCCAUGGUGGCGACGACGCUCCAGGUGGUGGUCGUGGUGGUGAUGGCGCCCCAGGGGGUGGCCGUGGUGGUGAUGGCGCCCCAGGGGGUGGCCGAGGUGGUGAUGGCGCCCCAGGGGGUGGCCGAGGUGGUGAUGGCGCCCCAGGGGGUGGCCGUGGUGGUGAUGGCGCCCCAGGGGGUGGCCGUGGUGGUGAUGGUGCCCCAAGUAGUGGUCGUGGUGGUGACGGCGGCCGUAGUCGUGGUGGUGGUGGUGGUGGCGGCAGCAGCAGCGGCAGCAGUAUCUUCGGCGCAGCUAGACCUGUAGACACCGCAUCUCGUGAAAAGCAAAUUGAAGAGAAGCUAACAGUAAAGGAACAUCCUAUGAAACGGGAAGGUGGAGUAGGUGGUGGCAGCACUGGAGGUGGCAUAUUUGGUAAUGCUAAACCUGUCGACACUGCUUCUCGUGGGGGUGGUGGAAGCAGCAGAGGUGGCGGCUUUAGUGGUGGUAGCAGAAGUGGUGGUGGCGGCGGUGGUGGUGGCAGCAGAAGUGGUGGUGGUGGAGGCGGCGGCGGGGGUGGUGGUAUAUUUGGUAAUGCCAAACCUGUUGACACCGCUGCGCGUGAGCGCCAGAUAGAAGAGAAGCUCCGCAAAUUAGAUGGCGGCAGCAAAGAUGAACCUCGUCGAUUUGAACGUAGAGAUGAUAGAAGAGAGGAUCCACGGGACGAUCGACGAGACAUUCGAAGGGAUAACUACACCAAUGAUCAUCUGAGUGACCGGCAAAGAGAUCAGAGAGAUGACAGAACGGAAAGAAAAUCGCAUCAGCCAGAUGAUAGAGACAGAAAGAGUGACGAGGAUCAUGGUGGUGGAGGCCGCAGUACCGAGAACCACGACUUGCCGCCACGUGUGAAACUUGCUAAGGAUGAUGAACCGAUUCUUGAUACAACUAAUAAGUUUGCCAGUUUGGACUUGGAGAUUGAAGAUUAGUGACAGUCUUGUAAUGCUGGAGGGUCGUAGGUUAUAUGGCCCUGUGAUCCCCGUGCUGGCUAAACUGAGUGUUCGUAUGUCUCGCCUGUGUGGAGCCACCUUCCUGACGUGCACGCACUGUCCUCCAUGACUAUCAUGGAUGCCAAGAACGAGCCAGUGUCUGUUGGUCGAGCCAUGUGCCCAGUUUCACUUGUGAUGUCCUCGUUGCCUCGGAUAAAGGUGCCAGAAGCAUGUGAUUCACAUGUGAUUAAUUGUCCUUUAUUUCCACACUGUAAUCAAUACUGUGAGCCGAGUUGGUGUAUUGUCUGGUACACUCCUUCUUGUGACUUUGAAGGGGACAAUCUCUGCACCUGUCGUAUUGUAGGACGGCAGAGUUCUUAUGAGGCAGAUCUACAUGGGUAUUUGUUGAGGUUGAUGAAUACAGGUAGUCAUGUUUGCCAACAAAACAGAAAUACUUCUCUUCGAUUUUGUGCCCCAGUAUGUGAUUUUUACAUUUCAUGAUCACUUUCUUUAAUUUUAGUUUUUAUUUAAAUCUGGUUUUGAAAUACAUUGUGUGGUAAUUUAAUUUUCUUCAUCGGACUUCAAAGAGCUUGUAUAUAUUUGUAUACAUACAUCUUCCUGACAUUUCUUCAAGAUUGUGGUGUUUGGUCACAUGCUGGGGCACAGAAUGAUGUCUAGAAGAUAUAAUGUUGUGUAAACUUGAGCUUCCCAGGUGUGAUAAUGUUGAUCUUGAGCUGUGAUUAUAAAGCUGUGAGCUGCCAAUGGCAGUGAUAGCAGCACUGUAGCCUUCUCAAGCUGUGAUGACUUGAAUCUAACAGUUGUGGUCUGCUCCAUGUACCCAGGCCAGUCAAUUGCCCCGUGUUGUAGGCUGUAUCUCUUGGUUGGAAAAAAUGUGUGGCAUAAAGUACCCAGGCUGUAUACGGACAUCUCCAGAGGACUAGUAAUUGGUUGCAUGUCACUUGACAGGUUUCUUUAGUGCUUUGGUGUUAAGCACAUACUUGCCCAUGCUUGGAAGUGGGCAGAGGAGGACCAGGCUCUCGGGUGACCUUGUAGGAUUGGCGGACAAGGUGAGGCACUACAGGAGGGGGAAGUCACAGCUGGCCAGGGAUGGAGCCAGUUAGUAAUAUAUUUAUUAGGUUAAGUUCCUGUUUGUAUUGUUGUAUCUACUACUAGCUGUCAAAAUAUGAUAGUGUAAGUAUAAGGAAGCUUUUAUAUAAGGUCUUAUGCCUUUGAGAUGUUAAGAGCACGUCAAUAUACGAGCAUUGCUCCCUAGUGUUUUUAUCCAGAUGGGAAUAUUUCCAUGCAUAUUAUUAAAUGUAAUGCAUUAUAUGCACAUGUUUAGAUUGUUGGCAUACCACUAAUCCCUAGUCUCAAAUAUUGUAGCCAUUUAUAAGUGUAAUACUGUACUUUAAAAGAUGGACUUUUUCUACUUUGAAAAUGCUCUUGUGAGGUUUUAUUGAAGAAUAGGCUUAAAAAAGAUGUAUAGCUUUUAUUUUCCCCUAUUUUACAGAUAUAUGUUUAUUGGAGUUGAUACAAAAUUGAAUGUCUAUGCACCCAGGCUUGUCAAUGUUACAUUGCUAGUGUGUUGCAAUUGGAAAUUUUUUUAAAUGUUGUGUUGAUCUUUUGCAUAAUAAACAAUAGAAUCAUGA